AUGAAGUCUGGAUUGAUCUUCGCAGUCGCUGCGGUGUUGGCCUGCUGCAAUGCUAGUCCUGGCGACAAGCUGCCAACAUCAGCAUCGAGCGACAUCCAAGUCGCUCAGGAACAACUGAAGAUCCUGAUAUCUCAUGCCAAAUACAUCGUCAAGUCAGCCAAAAAGCCAUUCAGUUCGAUAUGCAAGCCCGGAAAUGUCCAGGUUCGCAAGGAAUGGGGCACUCUUUCUCCCAGGGAACGUAUCGCCUAUACCGAUGCUGUCCGUUGUCUCCAGAAGAAGACUGCCAAGUCACCAGCUUCCUGGGCUCCUGGUGCAAAGUCGCGCUAUGAUGAUUGGGUGGCUACUCAUAUCGAUCAGACACUCCAAAUUCACUAUACAGGCACGUUUUUGGGUUGGCACCGCUUCUUCCUUUGGGAGUAUGAACAAGCACUUCGCAAUGAAUGUGGAUACCAAGGCACACAACCCUACUGGAACUGGGGUCUUUCUGCUGAGAGUGGCAUGGAGAAAAGUCCUGUCUGGGACGGCAGCAAGACAAGUAUGAGCGGCAACGGCGCCUAUAUCAACCAGACCGGCCUACAAGUUGUCCUCGGUGGAAAUGGCCUCCCUGAGAUUUUCUUCCCGACCGGCAGUGGAGGCGGCUGUAUUGAAUCAGGUCCCUUUGUCAACAUGACUGUGAAUCUUGGUCCGGCAGCUCUCACCAUCCCUGGCAACAUCACUUCCGUCAAUCCUAAUGGCCCUUUAUCCUACAAUCCUCGCUGUCUGAAACGCGACCUCACAGAUGAACUCAACACCUGCUUCGGAAAUUUCACCGCCAUCGUUGGUAACAUCCUCAGGCCCCAAAACGUCUACGAUUUCCAGAUGCAGAUGCAAGGUAUCCCUGGCAGCGGCAAUAUCGGCAUUCACGGCGGUGGCCAUUACUCCAUGGGCGGCGAUCCUGGUCGCGAUGUGUUUACCUCACCAGGAGAUCCGGCCUUCUACCUUCACCAUGGCAUGAUAGAUUUGGUGUGGACGGCAUGGCAGAUGUUGGAUCCUGAGAACAGGAUUUAUGGCAAAGAAGCCAUUGCUGGCACGAACACUUUUCUGAACCAACCACCUAGUGCGAAUACAACUUUGGACACGGCGAUCAGUAUUGGCUGGGCUGGAAGGGGAGUGAAUGUCACAAUGAAAGAUGUGAUGAGUACAGUUGCUGGGCCGUUUUGUUAUGUAUACGCUUGA